GCUCCUUCCGCCUUCCCGGCAGGCCCCGCGCGGCGCCUGCGCGCUCAGUGACUUUUUCCGAGUCAUCAACUGUGAAUUGGGGUUGGUUAAGCCGCUAGUCCUUCGCAGAGAUGCUUCAAAGCCUUAUUAAGAAUGUUUGGAUCCCCAUGAAGCCCUACUAUACCCAAGUUUACCAGGAGAUUUGGGUAGGAACGGGGCUGAUGGCUUUUAUCGUUUAUAAAAUCAGGAGUGCUGAUAAAAGAAGUAAAGCCUUGAAAGCUUCCAGCCCUGCGCCUGCUCAUGGUCAUUAACGAGCUCUCCUGGGACGGGACGUCGGUCUGGCUGCGCUGUGGGAACGUGGGACAUCGGGUUGACUUGCAGCAGUGCCGCUGCCCUUGGGCAUGAAUAAACGUACCUGUGAGACCCAC